CGAUAAGUUGUCUUCGUAUUUCUUAGACUUCACACUACCUACCUAUUAUUAGUAUUUUGACUUAUUUUUUCUCACUUGUCUACUCGGCAGAACCCCCUAACGACACUAUGGCACCCCUGAGAUCCGUUUCUGAACUUGCAUCCAUCGUUGAACGCAAUACGCGGAAACUAGAAGAUGGAUUGAAAGGGUCUCCUGGGGCCCAGUUCUCACUUGCAUUCGGAGCACCGCCACAGAUCGAGUUGUCUCCUACUCUCGGGGGAACUCGUGACGAGCUUCUCGAGACAAUCGAAGAACUACGCGUUCGCCUGCUAGGCCCGAUGGGCUAUCUCUUAUCUUUCCUAUUACCAACGUCCGGCAUAGUAGCUGUUUUCAAGACUCUAUAUGCAUUUGAUGUCGCUUCUCAUGUUCCUCUUGCACCCAACUCUGAGAUAUCGUACAAAGAUCUCGCAAAAAGCUGUGGCCUCCCGGAGGAGGAUACGCGUCGUAUCGUCCAGGCCGCCAUUACCUUCCAUGUGUUCGAGGAAGCUACACCUGAUUUGUCCGUGAGACACAAUGCUAUAUCGUCGAUGUUUACGGUGCCCGAGAUGAAAGAUAUACUAGGCCUAUUUAUUGACGAGCAGUUGUCCGGUGUCACCAAGCUUGUCGAAAGCAUACGGCGGUUCCCAGGCAGCGGGGAACCGGGACACUCUGCUUCGGUGUUAGCCAUUAGAGAGGAGAAGGCAGUUAAAGAAAUGGGCAUUGACAAGCAGGAGAUCGCUGAUCCAAGCAAGACUUUCUUUGAUUAUAUCGCCGAAGACGAGACACGAGUUGCCCGCUUUCGAUCUGCCAUGGGUGUUUCGACCAAGGCUCCAGCUUUUAAGUCGUCAUAUUUCGUCGAGACCCUGCCGUGGGCAAAUAAAGAUCAGUGCCCGGAGAUUGUCGUCGACAUCGGUGGAGCCGGCGGAGAAAUAAUCCAGUCAAUUCUCCGCACGUAUCCCAACGUUAAGAAGGGUGCAGUGCUGGAUCUUCCGGAAGUUGUCGCUGAUGCCAAAGUUCCCGAGGACCUUAACAACAGAUUGGAGUAUAAGAGCUACAACUUCCUCACUGAGGAAGUAACUUAUCAUGCGGACGUAUACGUAUUUCGCCAUAUCUUCCACGACUGGAGCGACCAGUAUGGCGCCAAAAUUUUGAAAAACCUGGUACCAGCUCUCAAGAAAGGGAGCAAGAUUUGGCUGUCUGAAGUUGUCCUGCCCAACUUGAGUGACGAAAACCGGUUGAAAGAUCGACUGCAGAGGUAAGUCACAGUGUUGAUAGCUGCCCUUGCUCUUAUCUUCAUGAAAGCCGGAUUUAACGGCAAAGAGCGUAGCAAAAGAGAUUGGGAGACUCUUCUAGCUAUGUCUGAUGAGAGACUUCGUGUUGUGAAUAUCACAAAGCCUCACGGUGCCCAUGACUCAGUCAUUGAGAUUGAAUUUGAUGCUUAAAGGCUGCGGGAGAAGGGAGAACGUGCGCCGGAUUGUAUUUGAGGAAUACGAAGUAUAUUGUAGCGGUGCAGCGUUGGAAAUGGGAAUUGUAAAGUAGUACUUGAAAAGAACUCUCCAAAUAAUCCAAGAUUAAUAUGACAUCCUCUCCCCUAAGCUGUGAAUAUGAUAUCCUCUCCCUAAGCUGUGGAAGUUGAAGGUUCCAAG